AUGGCUCAAUCCAUUCCCAAGACUGUCAAGCAAUGGACCAUCCCCUCCCGUGAUGGAAAGGACUUCAGCGGUCUGAAGUUCAGCGAGGAGUCUGUUCCUGAGCUCGGCGACGGCCAAGUCCUCGUCAAGAUUCAAGGUGCUUCCCUCAACUACCGCGAUCUCAUCCUCCCUCUCGGAAAGUACCCUUUCCCCGCUAAGGACGGCGUCGUCCCCGGCUCCGAUGGCGCCGGCACCGUCCUCGCCGUCGGCAAGAACGUCACCCGCUUCCGUCCCGGCGACAAGGUCGUCACUCUCUUCAACCAAGGCCACAUCGGCGGAUCUCUCGACCAACUCAGCAUCCAGACCGGUCUGGGUGGUGUGACCGAUGGAACUUUCCGCACUGUCGGUGCUUUCGAUGAGCAGGGUCUUGUCCGCAUGCCUUCUAACCUCGACUUCCACGAGGCUGCUACUCUCACCUGCGCUGGUCUCACUGCCUGGAACGGUCUCUACGGUCUCGAGGGCAAGAAGCUCCUCCCCGGUCAGUGGGUUCUCACUCAGGGUACUGGUGGUGUUAGUAUCUUUGCUGUUCAGUUCGCCAAGGCUGCUGGUGCAAAGGUCAUUGCUACUACCAGCUCUGCUGAGAAGGCUAAGCUUCUUGAGAAGCUUGGUGCUGACCACAUCAUCAACUACCGCGAGACUCCUGAGUGGGGUGCUAAGGCCAAGGAGCUCACCGGCGGUGCUGGUGUUGACCACAUCAUCGAGGUUGCUGGUCCUACAUCCAUGAAGCAGUCCCUCAACGCCAUCAAGAUCGACGGUGUCAUCUCCAUUAUCGGCUUUGUUGGCGGCACUGAUAAGAGCGACCCUGGUUUCCUCGACUGCCUUUCUAACCUCUGCACUACCCGAGGUCUACUUGUUGGAAGCCGUGCUCAGAUGGAGGAUAUGUGCCGUGCUGUUGAGGCCAACCCUGAUAAGCUUCGACCUGUCGUUGACCCCAAGGUGUUCACUCUUGAGCAGCUCCGCGAGGCUUAUGAGUACCAGUGGUCUGGCAAGCACCAGGGCAAGGUCUGCGUCAAGAUUGAAUAA